AUGUCCGAUUUUUCGUCAUCGCUUUCUCUCUUCACCGAGAACCCAGCUGCCGCAGUUAUCAAGGAUGCAUUCAACUCCUUCUCGGAGCGAAGGGCGCAGCUCAACCUUCCCAACCCAGGCACCGUUGACAACCUAGCCCGAGAGGUACAGAAGGAGGUCAUGCUGACCAACUUCAUGUUCUCUGGGAUUCGUGCAGACUUGACUAAGGUCUUUGGCAUGUCUCCAUUGUUCCGUGUGUCUCAUGCGUUUUCCAUGGGAUCCUCGAGCAGCAUGGCUCCUUACAACCUUUCUGCCAUGUACGGAAGCCCCAAGGUAUUCAUGCAAGGCAAUCUCGGCAAUGACGGAAACCUCGCUGCGGUCGGCAACUACCGAUGGAACCAGGCUCUGGUCACUAAGGCAAACGCUCAGAUCAUGUCCGGCAGCCAGCAAGGUCUACUCCAGCUCGACAAUGACUACACUGGUGCUGAUUUCUCCGCAUCCCUGAAGGCCUUCAAUCCAUCUUGCCUCGAGGGCGGUUUGACCGGUAUCUUCGUUGGAAGCUACCUCCAGUCGAUUACACCCGGCUUGGCCCUCGGCUUUGAGGCUAUCUGGCAACGCCAGGGUAUGAAUGCUCGCCCUGAGACCGCUCUGUCCUACUGCGCCAAGUACAAGGGUGAUAACUGGAUUGGAACUGCUCAACUGCAGGCUCAAGGCACAUUCUCCGCUACUUACUGGCGUAGACUGUCCGAGCGCGUGGAAGCCGGUGUCGACAUGAACCUCACAUUUGCUCCUAGCGCGGCUGCCAUGAUGAUGGGUGGCCCUAGCCGGGAGGGUACCACGGCUAUUGGUGCCAAGUACGACUUCCGCGCUUCUUCGGUGCGCGCCCAGGUUGACAGCGCUGGCAAGGUCAGCUGUCUACUUGAGAAGCGCAUUGCCAUGCCCAUCUCCUUGACCUUUGCGGGCGAGAUUGACCAGGUCAAGCAAACUGCCAAGGUUGGCAUGGCUGUCUCUCUCGAGAUCGCUGGGGAGGAACUGAUGGAGCAGCAGGAGAGCAUGGACGCCACCAAUAUGGUUCCUCCUCCCUUCUAA